AUUUUAGCACGCAGCUCAUGGGACUGUGUUGCAGUGGCCAUGGCGCGGUGAUGUCCGAGACGGCCUUUGUGUUCGAAGGCAACGCGUACAUUGGCAAGGGUUCGCACUCCAAGGUGUUCCGGGCCAAACACAAGGCGUCGGGGGACGUCGUGGCCAUCAAAAUGAUCGUCAAGGACGCGGCCCGACACGAGUGGCAGCAUGAAGUGUCCGUCAUGAAGAUGCUGGACGUCCAUCCGAACGUGAUUGAGCUCAAAGGAACGUACGAGACGGACGAGUUUGUGUGCGUGGUCAUGGAAUACGCGAGCGGUGGUGAACUUUUCCAGCUCCUCAUUCGAGAUGGGGCGUACUCGGAAGAAAUCGCUCGGAAAUUCACUCGCGAUACGCUGCUGGCGUUGGAGUUUCUGCACAACCAAGGCAUCGUCCACGGCGAUCUGAAGCCAGAAAACCUGCUGGUCACAUCCAAGCAUGCGCAGAAGGCGCGCGUGAAGCUCGCGGACUUCAGCAUGUCAGCUAUCAUAUCGGCCAAGCGCCUCGUGGACAAAGAUGGCCUCACGUGGGCGUACUGCGCACCUGAAGUGCUUGGGGCGGCGGACGACGACGCGCCUUACGCCGCGAACUCCAAGCGCGACAUGUGGAGUGUCGGCGUCAUCCUGUACAUUAUGCUGUCCGCCAUGCACCCGUUCGACCCCAAUGGCCGGUACAGCAAGGAAGCCAUCGUAGCCGGUAUUCUGACGUUUCAGAUGGUGAACCUCGAGACCAUGGGAUGGGGCGAUGUGUCCGCGGACGCUAAGGACUUGAUCCGACGCCUGCUGUGUCGAGACCCGACGAAGCGGUUGUCGGCGAAGGAAGCGCUGCAGCAUCCAUGGUUUGCACAUGAAUCGGCGCCGACCCUGCCUCUCCAGUGUUCGUUGCGCGGAGGCCUCAACGUGUAUGUGCGAAGCAUGCACGCGCGGUUCCGGGUAUGUCCGUUGUUGCAUGCAAAUGACUUGUGCGAUGAUGCGUACUCAUGUAAAGAGGUAGACGAGUGUGGUGGUGGCGAUUGCCGCGAGGAGGUUUAGCAGUCUACACAAGAAGGCCGACGACACGUCGACGCUGAUCAAGCCCGAAGACGUGGUCGUGACGCACCAAGCCGUCAUUCGACAGGAAACCAUGGAGCCCAUUCACGAACCUAAUUCGUCACAGAACCGAGAGACGACACCGCCGCCUUCCCCGGACAGCGCGGCGACAUCGGCAGCGACCACGCCAGUACCACCUCCGUGACCACCACUACCACACGCUCGAUGCAUGUCAGCACCCAACCUUGUGUGCAAAUUACCUGCGAAAAAGAGUACUUGACGUUAAACAUAAAUAGAAAGAGGUUUCUUGCUGCGUAAACCAA